AUGCAAAUCUUGGGGUUUAUUAUUGCAUUACUGACCUUACAAAUACAAGAAAAACCGUUUGUUUCCUGCUCGAUAAUAAAACGCACAGUCAACGCUCCUGAGUCAAUUGUCUUACAGACACUCCACACCAGAUAUUGGUCAUUUAAGGCUCAUGUUCCUGUCAACUAUGAUCCCGAUUCUAAGGGCUUCAUGGUGCAUUGUGAUGGUAACAAUCUAUACAUGGGAGAGUCUCCAGGAACACGUUUACUGCGGGUCGAGUAUAAAGACGAUCUAACAUUGCAUACGAAGGAUCGUAAAGCUUUGGUGUAUCACCCAGAAAAUCCUCUUGCUUUAAAGCACGAAGCUGGUUCCCCAUUUAUUAUUGAAAUGGUAGAAGAAAGAAGGGAACCAGAAAGUCCUUAUUUGCUAUUCUAUUCUAAAUCUCACCAUUUUACAACCUGUAAAGAAAACGGAAGAUGGAUUAUUUACUCCGGAGACUUGGACAUCCCUUCACUCGAUUGUCUUCCCAUAGAGCUUGUCGGAAUCCGCUAUAAAGGAUGGCGAACACAUGAUAAAAAGCCUUUUGCUCUUAAAGACCCUGGGGAGGACGGCUUGGAUACUCCUUGGAAUGACCAAUUGAUUCCUAUGUGA